GCGCCAAAUGUUGAAGUUAAAACAAGGAAACUUUAUGCUGUUUAAAAAACCUUUCCUCCUCCAUUUCUCACUUACAGCACUGAAACAUUUUGAGGCCCCAUGCAGUACAGCAGCAAAUAUCUCCUUAAUUUCCUUUUCAUCUGCCCCCACAUCUCCUUCAUUACCAUUAACACUCCCUUUUAUGUCCUCGAGUCUCUAUAAAAAAUUUUCCACUCAUCUUUGCUCUGUUUUCAAAGUCUUUUUUUAUUUUUUUUUUCAGGAAUGACUCGACAGGUGUAUUUUGUUCCGGCGGCGGAGACGCAAGUAGCUUCGGUGAAGAAGAAAACGGCGGUUACGACGAGCUGGGUUUCGGUAGAUGCAAAGGGGCAAGGCACGGUUCUUGACGUCGACAAGUACGCUAUAAUGCGCCGCGUUCAGAUCCAUGCUAGAGAUCUUCGUGUUCUUGAUCCUAUGUUAUCCUAUCCUUCCACCGUUUUGGGCAGAGAAAAAGUCAUUGUUCUCAAUUUAGAGCACAUUAAAGCUAUAAUAACAGCAGAAGAGGUGUUGCUUAGAGAUCCAUUUGAUGAUAACGUAAUACCUAUUGUUGCCGAACUUAAAAGGCGAUUGCCUCAAGAAAAAAAUCUCACAUGUCAAGGCCUAGGAGAAGAAGAAGAAGAACAUAUUGGUUUGCGCAACGAUGUCAACACUGGAGAAGAAAACGAAUUUCCAUUUGAAUUCCGGGCACUGGAAGUAGCACUAGAAGCAAUUUGUAGCUUUCUUGAUGCGCGUACUAGAGAACUGGAGACUGAUACCUAUCCAGCUCUAGAUGAGCUGACCUCCAAGAUUAGCAGUCGUAACUUGGACCAUGUGCGUAAACUGAAAAGUGCAAUGACAAGACUGACAAAUCGGGUUCAAAAGGUAAGAGAUGAACUUGAACAACUUUUGGAUGACGAUGAUGAUAUGGCAGACCUUUAUUUAUCGAGAAAGUUGGCAGGGGCAUGCUCACCUGUAAGUGUUUCUGGUGCUCCUAAUUGGUAUCCGUCCUCACCAACUAUAGGUUCAAAGAUAUCAAGAACAAGUCGGGCAAGUGCACUGACAGCUGAGGAGGACAAUGAUGUCGAGGAGCUUGAAAUGUUGCUUGAGGCUUACUUUAUGCAAAUUGACAAUACAUUGAACAAAUUGACCACGCUGCGAGAAUACAUCGAUGACACAGAAGACUAUAUCAAUAUCCAGCUUGACAAUCAUCGAAAUCAGCUUAUUCAGCUAGAGCUCUUCUUAAGUUCUGGGACUGUUUGCUUGUCUAUAUAUUCCCUGGUUGCUGCAAUCUUUGGCAUGAAUAUUCCUUAUACAUGGAAAGAGGGCCAUGGAUACAUGUUUAAAUGGGUGGUCAUCCUUACCGGACUACUAUGCACAUCGACUUUCACAUCAAUAAUUUCUUACGCGAGGCACAAGGGUCUUAUUGGGUCAUGAGGUGCAUAGAAUGCGUUCAAGGUAAUAGGGAUAAAGCUUGAUCUUUUUAUGCAGAUGCAUAGAACUGAAACGAAUUCCUGGUAAAGCUUCAGGUCAUUGCCAAUUUCAGGUGAAACAUUGCAUAUGCUAUAAUAUUUAGUAUUAUCAAUUUAUCAUGCUUUAUGAAAAAUAUGGUCCAUGGGAGGGGUUGUUCCUCCUAUUGUAAUUGGUCACUGCAUUUGGCAGAAAAAAGUUUUAUCAAGUAUCAUCAUGUUGGCAUAUACAUAUAUACAUUGUAUAUAUACACCCAUGUAUAUUUUAAAUGUUGUGUGAUAGUUGAUACU